CAACAUUUCAACUCUGAGUAAGAGGGUCGAGUCCCGAGCGCUACAUACUUGAAGUUGGAAAGUAUUCACACGACAGGCGCCGGGUGAUCAUUGUGUAGACUUGCAGUCCUUGUUGAACGCUCUCCUUCAGUCGACUUUAACUGUUACCAUGUCGUCAGAUCUCUCCUCGCUGUUGAGGGCAUCCAAAGCCCUCACAUCUCAUCUCAAUAGGCCAGAUUUACCUUCAGUGAAUCUUUCAUUGGACCAAAUUGAGGCCCAAUCCCGAAAGCUCGUCUCAAAGCAGCUGGGAACAGCUACCGACAAUGACAGGGCGACCUAUCUUCUUGCACAGGCACAUGUUGACGCGCCGGCUCUCAGCAGUUCGAUCGCGAAUUUGAAUACCGCCACAACCUUCACUCCUCUACAGGCACUACAAGACACCGAUGUCGCAGGCUUCGUCCGUUAUGCACACGAACAAAAUAUAAUCGCUACCAUUGAGGAAGCGCGAAAGGCCACGCAAGAAAGCUUCUAUAAGUUCUUGGAAGAGAAAGAACAGGAUGACUGGGAGCAACGGAAGAAACGCGUGUUCGAGCAGUUGGGUGAUCGCGUCGGGACUGGCGAUAACAAGGCUGUCAGUGAAAUGAAACGAAGCAUGCACGGGAAGAGCCUUCUUUCAGUGAGCACGGGGCCGGCACCUAACCUCCAAACACAAAAUAAAAUGAUGGCCUACGAUCGUGUCGUCACUGAACUGAAUGCUGCACGACUACGUGGCAUUUCAUAUCCAGUCAUUCACGCCCUCAUCCAAGCCUCCCUUGCCGUCUCCUCGUCCAUACAAGCAUCUUCAUCUCAACCAACAAUCCAAUUCACACCGACACUCCACAUUCUUUCCAAGAUCACCGCUGAACCACCUUCACUACCUCCACUUGAACACGCCACCGCACAUAUCCUCAACGCGCCACUCUUUGAGCGCAAGUAUGCGAGAGUCUAUCUGGGCGACCCCGAGUCGAGGGAAGCCGUUGAGCUGAGGCGUCAAAUUGCGAAAGGUGCACGAGAAGGAUUGGAGGAACAGUAUUGGGAUAUCGUAGAGAGGACAGUACAUGCCAGAGCUAUGGAGGCAAGGUUAGGUGGGGAUCCAAGUGUGGCGAACAGAAUUCGAGCAUAUAUUCUUGUCAGGCACUACAGGAAUGGAGAGUGGGAGGAUCGAAUCGAGUUAGUAGCAGGACAACCCUUGUGGGCGAAACUGUUCUACUUGGUACGAACAGGACAUGCACGGGAAGCGCUUGACGAGGCUAUCCGACACCAGCAGCCUAUUGAACAUCGUGAAGCCAGCUUCAUUAGCCAUUUCAGGGCAUGGGUAGAGUCUCCAGACCGACGGUUACCGAAACCUCAUCGAGACCAACUACACGCAGUGUACAACGCUCAUAUGUUGCACUCUGCGACGACAGACCCCUUCAAACUCGCUCUCUUCAAGCUAAUGGGCAAGAUCGACCCAUCACGUCGAAGUGUCCCUCAAGUCACUGUGACCACUGAAGACUGGCUUUGGUUCCAGCUUUCCAUGGUUGAGGAAGAAGAGAGUGGUGGUUUGCGUGGAUUGGCGGAAGUCCUUCUCACGUACGGCGAGAGGCACUUCGAUGGUACUCCUGGACAUAAAGGUGCGAGGCGGGGUGUCUGGGCGGGCGUUUUGCUCAUGUGUGGUCAGUUCGAACGUGCUGCUGCGGCUCUGUGGGAACACCCAGAGACGGAAGUCGAGGCUGUUCAUCUUGCCAUUGCUCUGGCAUAUCAUGGCUUGCUAAGAGUCCCGUCUCGAGCGGAGACAAAUGAUAGCACACCCCUUUCACUCCCGAAUAGUGGCCCUCCUGCACUUUCACUCUCGGCCCUCAUCUGGCGCUACGUCCGCCCAUUCGUCAAGAUGGAUGCCAAAGAGGCAUUGCAAUACGUCUCGUGCAUCUGUCUCAGCGCUGAUCAAGGACACGGCGUCGGCAAGGAGCAAGUUGAGACUGCUUGGGAGUGGGUGAGGAGGAUAAUCGUCCUCGCUAAUCCUGGCGCAGCAUGGGAAGAAUUGGUAGGUGGGUUCAGACCUGACGGAACGCGAUUCAGUGGAUUCAUCGAACAAUGCGCUCCACUCCUCAAGCUGUCUGACAUGAAAGAAUACAACGCGCAGAUCCUUAUUCGAGCUGCUCAAACGUCGGAAGAGAACUCUCGAAUCCCGGAAGCCAUCAAGCUCUACAAUCUAGCUGGAGACUAUACGACCGUCAUUUCCUGUCUUUCUCGCGCAUUGGGUAACUCGAUCACGUUGCCAAGUAGUGAUGAUGGUGCGAGGAGUAUCGAGAAGACCGCCAGCGAGAUUUUGAGACAUUAUGAGAGGACGAAUAGGGCGACAGGAAAGGAGAGGGAUGCGGUUGUUAGGUUGUUGAAGGUAAGAGAAGCUAUGGAGGCCAAGGAUGCUGGAAAGCCUGAACUUGCGCUCGAGAUCAUGGAGUCAACUGAUUUGAUACCUCUGGAUGGGGACGUGUCGAAAAUUACUCGGAGAGCAGAGGAGUUCCGAGACCUGCCCGAAGCACUCCAGCGCAACCUCCAAACGUUCCUUACCCUCACAAUGGAUGCGCUUGCCGGUGUACACCAGAAAGUCAAGAACUCAAUGGCGGCCGAUGCGACUAAGCAGAUGGUAUGUUCAUCUCUUCCUUUUUCACAACACAUGUUGAAUGACUUAUGGGACCUCGUGUUCUCAGGCGUUAGCCUCGUUGAGGAAAAAGUCAAGAUCGUUAAUGAUCUUUGCUGGUAUUCUGAAAUACCGCAUGUCUCCUGAUGUGUACUCAUACCUCGCACGUUUGGACGUCGAGAUUGCUCUGUAGUUUGCUUUAUGUCGCAUAUACAUUUCUGUUGUUUCUCGUCUUGUUCAUUGCUCAUGAUUAUCUUUUUCACUUCUACCCCUCACAAUGCAUUUUGUUUUGAAUCACACGCUGACCUAUAGCGUGCAAAUGAACAGUGUAAGACAUGCCAACGUCUGUCGCGGUGUCGCAGGGCACUUUAACGUCAAUCCUGCAGCCCACUUUGAGACCAGCGAUCCGCGAACGAGGCAGACUGCAUACCAUUUGUGCAGUCAUUGCGUCUUAAUGGUUUUAUACGAUCUAACUGUUGCCUGACAGUAACGGAUAUACUCUGAAAAUGUUCACCUAAUAUUUUCCUCCGAACCUUAUAGAUAAUUAACUCG